CCCUGCCAGCUCCCCCUGCGCUCAGCCCCAGCCGGCCCGCCCCGGCGUCCUGAGCGCUCUGCAGCUGCUCGGGUCCCGUCCCUACUUGCUCAACCCAACCUCAUCCUUGGCUCUUCUCCCUGGUCGUCGUCUUCCUCUCUCCAUGUUCAGAUCUUUAAGAACCUCUUGCCAGCCUCCAGGAACAUUAUUGUAAUCUAUGUAUGGAAAAAGCCCAGAAAAUUAAUCCAUUUAUAGUGCAUAUACUCCAAGAGGUGGAUGAAGAAAUUAAGACAGGACUGGGCGAGGGAAUUAUAUUAAACAUCGCUGGUAACAAUCGCUUAAUACCAGUAGAAAGAGUAACAGGUGAAGAUUUCUGGAUCCUUUCCCGACUUUUGAGCCAUCAUGUAUACAUUAAUGGUGUGGAUGUCAGAUACAACCUCAUAGGCGAUGUCGGUGGAUACUACGCUGCCAGGCUGCUGCGGAAACAACUUAAUCUCAUUUACUUAAACCUUAUGUUUAAUGAUAUUGGGCCUGAAGGUGGAGAACUGAUUGCUAAAGCCCUCCAAAAGAAUACAACUCUGAAAUACCUAAGAAUGACUGGAAAUAAGAUUGAAAAUAAAGGCGGAAUGUUUUUUGCUGCAAUGCUGCAAAUUAAUUCAACUUUAGAGAAAUUAGAUUUGGGUGACUGUGACCUGGGAAUGCAGAGCGUGAUAGCAUUUGCUACGGUACUAACUCAAAACCAAGCAAUUAAAGGGAUAAACCUAAACCGACCUAUACUGUAUGGUGAACAGGUGCGUACUCGACGUGACGGCUGUCAGUGUAACAGCGUGAGUAUAAACGAAGGCGCUGAAAUUGACGUCGAGGAAGAGUCCACAGUCCACAUAGGCCACAUGCUGAAAGAAAACCACUGCCUCGUCGAGCUCCACGUGUGUAAGCACGGCAUUAAGAACCAUGGCAUACAACAGCUGUGUGAGGCCCUGCAUCUGAACAGCAGCGUACGCUACCUUGAUGUCAGCUGCAAUAAAAUAACUCGAGAUGGAAUGAUCUAUUUGGCUGAUGUGCUGAAAAGCAACACUACUUUGGAAGUAAUAGAUCUCUCUUUUAACAGAAUAGAAAAUGCAGGAGCUAACUAUCUCAGUGAAACUCUUACUUCAUACAACAGGAGUCUUAAAGCGCUGUCUGUAGUCAGCAACAACAUCGAGGGAGAAGGACUUGUUGCACUUGCACGAUCAAUGAAAACAAACCCCACAUUCUCCAAUAUUUACAUCUGGGGAAACAAAUUUGAUGAGGCUACGUGUGUGGCAUAUUUCGACUUAAUUCAAAUGGGCCAUCUAGAGCUAGCGAACACAGAUGUGGAGCCAUUUGUGGUGGACGGACGUGUGUAUCUUGCAGAAGUUUCAAAUGGCCUUAAAAAGCAUUACUAUUGGACACCAACUUAUGGAGAAGCUUAUAGCCAGUCACCUAACGCGGGUUUUGCUCUUGUUCCAGUAGGGCAACAUCUAUGAAAAACAGGCUCUUAAGGGCUGCCUUAACCAUUUCUAUAGACUACUCUUAGUCUUAUGCAGAGAGCUGCAAGAUCUGUAUCUUGGACUCACCUCCAGCCACUGCCAGACACUUUCACAUGUCCCUCUCACCACCAUGCAAAUCUGUACACCCCAAAUUGUGUUCUUUUGUAAAGCUGUUCCUUAACUUCCCGAUCAGUCAGUGACAUCGCAUUGUCCCAAUCACCAACGAUCAAUCGUGAGGCGUUCGGCUCGGGGCUGUCUUGUAGAAAGAAAUAGAAACUGGCGAGGGCGUACGUGUGCUCCAUGUUGUGCUGCCAAAGAGAAGCUGGAGCUGGAUGCCACCCCUGGUCUGCGGUUAUAGUCCAUGCCCAGGCAGACUGAGACAUACCAAGCAUGCACAAGAACCCAAGAUCUGAUCAGGUGGAGGAAGGGGGGAUCAUGGCCUGACUACACCCUGUGGAUGGUGCUUGCUCCUCUGUCAUGUGCAUGCUAUCAUGAAUAAAGAAAACAAAUUAUUUGGAGAAAAAGGGGAACUUAAGGAUACAACAGCCCAAAUGACUGACACCUGGGGCAGCCAAGGAAGCACAGCUGUGCUCCUUCGAGUGGGACUGCAGGGCCAG